ACUUCUGGCAGAUGCGGCCAGGCUAACAUCUGGACAGUGUUCAGGCCGGGAGCAGGAGCUGCUGCUUUUAGGAAUGUUAAAAGUAAAGCAAAAAGUUUCCCCUGCAGGAAGAGGCGACAAGAAAGACCCCGGAGAGAGUUUCCCCUGAAGCUUCUUCCCCUGGCCCUUGGCAGUCUGUCACCCUUGGGAACCCAGCGCUCUGGGUCACAAGCCACCAAGCCUGUGUCUCAAGGGUCCGAGGCAAGGAUGACUGUGCAGCUGGCCCUAACAGGAGCUCCCUUUCUCCUACUAUUCCUCACCCAAGUCGUGAGCCCCACCUGGUAUGGAGGCUCAGGUUACUAUCCCGAUGAAAGCUACAAUGAAGUGGCUGUUGAGAUGCCCCCCCAGGUUCCUGUUCUGGACUACCGAGUGCCCCGCUGGUGUUAUACUUUGAACAUCCAAGAUGGAGAAGCCACUUGCUACUCCCCAAGGGGGGGCAACUAUCACAGCAGUUUGGGCACCCGGUGUGAGCUGUCUUGUGACAGGGGCUAUAGGCUUAUCGGCCGGAGGUCCGUGCACUGCCUGCCAAGCCGGCGCUGGUCUGGAACGGCCUACUGCAGACAGGUGAGAUGUUCCGUGCUGCCAUUGAUCACUAGCGGUACCUACAGCUGCACAAAUGGCAUCCUGCUCGAUUCCCGCUGUGACUACAGCUGCGCCAGUGGCUACCACUUGGAAGGUGAUCGCAGCCGAAUCUGCAUGGAGGAUGGGCGGUGGAGUGGAGGCGAGCCUGUCUGUGUAGACAUAGAUCCCCCCAAGAUUCGCUGUCCCCACUCCCGUGAGAAGAUGGCGGAACCAGAGAAGCUGACUGCCAGGGUUUACUGGGACCCACCUGUGGUGAAAGACUCGGCAGAUGGCACUAUCACCAGGGUGACUCUGCGGGGACCUGAGCCGGGCUCUCGGUUUCCCGAAGGAGAACACGUAAUUCGGUAUACUGCCUAUGACCGGGCCUACAAUCGGGCUAGCUGCAAGUUCAUCGUCAAGGUGCAAGUGAGACGCUGCCCUACUCUGAAACCGCCUCAACACGGCUACCUCACCUGUACCUCGGCAGGGGACAACUACGGGGCCAUAUGUGAAUAUCAAUGUGAUGGGGGCUAUGAGCGCCAGGGGACCGCCUCUCGAGUCUGCCAGUCUAGCCGACAGUGGUCAGGAUCCCAGCCCAUCUGUACCCCCAUGAAGAUUAAUGUCAAUGUCAACUCAGCCACAGCCCUCCUGGAUCAGUUCUAUGAGAAACGGCGGCUCCUCAUCGUCUCCUCUCCAGACCCUUCCAAUCGAUACUACAAAAUGCAGAUCUCCAUGUUACAGCAAUCCACCUGCGGGCUGGAUCUUCGACACGUGACCAUCAUCGAGCUUGUGGGGCAGCCUCCUCAGGAGGUGGGACGCAUCCGGGAGCAGCAGCUGUCGGCGGGCAUCAUAGAGGAGCUCAGGCAAUUUCAGCACCUCACCAGAUCCUACUUCAACAUGGUGCUAAUUGAUAAGCUGGGUCUGGACCGAGAACGUUACAUGGAACCUGUUACCCCCGAGGAAAUCUUCACUUUUAUCGAUGACUACCUUCUGAGCAACCAGGAGCUAGAGCAUCGCCGGAAGCAGCGAGAUGUAUGUGAAUAAAUGCCAGGGGACAGGUUGUGCAUGAGGCACCCUGGCUCGAGAACUCUAGACCCCCGAAAAUAGAUAGGAAGUUUGUUCUAUUGGGGUGAGAUAGGGGCCAUUUUAAAAGAUGUCCUAAGAACAGGGCAGGGGGCUAGUCACCGACACGUGGAAAACCAUGCAGCACCCCCAGGGAGGUGUGCAGGGAUCUGGGGUGGGGUGGGUGGAGUCGCUUAGAUCCGUCAGGUCCGGCACCGGCAAUCUUUGGGGGCAGCGAGGGAGCGCAAGGAAUUAGGGGAUUCCAAAAGAAUAUUGGAUCCCUUGGCAAUGGCUAGGGGCAGCCUUCUUUCCUCUGCCACCCCUCCCCUCAACCUCCAGGCUCUCAGAAGUUCAUCAAUCCCUAUGUUCAUUCACCAACAGAAUGUGUGUUUUAAAUGGUUCCCUUUCCCAGAUACUACAACCGAAGGCAACACCAUCAGCAAAAUCUUCCCUUCAAAUGGUCUAGGGGA